UGCAAGCAAUAUCGGCAAGUCCUCUCCACAAGCAUGUCGGAGAACAAUGGGAUAUCCUCCGUCAGUGCACCUUUCUACUUCAAGAUAACUCUCCUGUUGGCUGCAGUCUACGUGGCUCUCUUCUCCCAGCUCUCCUCUCUUGACGUGAAAACUGCCUUGAAUUGGACAAGACGGACUCACGAUGAACACGCUCCUUGGUGGGAAGGCGACCUCUGCUCUUGCAACGAUACGGCUUGCAUACGGCAACGCUCCUUCCCCUCAGGCAUGGGCGGCGUGGGCGGGAGCUGUGGGCGGAGGGCGUGGGCGGCAGGAAGAGGACAGCGUGUUAUAACCUACUCUGUGUUUGGAAAUUUGACGAAAUACUGGAAUGGCUUGGAAGAUAUACUCGUUACGACUAAACAACUCUACCAAGGGUGGAACGUAUGGUUGUACACGAUACCCAGUGGGCGUGAGAACAUCCUCUGCCCUCUCAUGCACGCCCAUUCUCAUCUCUUCAUCUGUGACGUCACCAAUCUUCCCCCGCCCCUUGGUGACGUCACCGAGGUUAAUCCAAGAAUGUGGCGGUUUCUGGCAAUGGGCGACGAAAGGCUGUCUGCCAUGGUUGUGAGGGAUACGGACAGUAAGAUCACCGAACGAGAAUCCAAAGCCGUGACGAACUGGCUUACCUACAACACGAGUUUCCACCUGAUGCGAGACCACCCUUUCCACGUCUCGCCCGUCCUCGCAGGUCUCUGGGGCGCCCGCUGGGACCUGAGGGACAGGGGCGGCUCGGUCCUGUCGUCGGGGGCCUUGAGGGAGCUCAGGGACGCGAUGAUGGCGAAGGGGAAGAGGCCGUUUUAUCGAGAGCAGGAUCAGGUGGUUCUUAAAAAUGUGUUAUGGCCUGUUAUGAAAAGUAGUCUGACGUCCCAUGACAGUUUCAAAUGCAAGAUGUAUCCUGCAGGGACAAAGCCAUUUCCUACGAGGCGAGAACAUGGCCUGUAUGUAGGGAACAGAGAAUACGUAAACACCACCCGACGAUUGUUAGUGAAAAAGCACUGUCCUCUGGCAUGCCGUCCUCCUCAGCAUCAAGACUGGCUUUUCUGCUAAAUCAUCUUUCAAUAUUUGAUAUAUGUGUGUCUAUCUAUUUAUAUAUAAACACACUAAAUUAUUCUUCGAGGGAAUAUGUUACCUCCGUUUAUCUGUUUUUCUAUCCGUUUGAGUAAUUAUGCUCAUAGA